UCCUGGACAGUCGCCGAGGAGCCUGCAGUUAUUUCACGUUCAUCAUGGCUGCCGUUCAAACAGAGGUUUCCCUGUGCUCGCAACCUUGGCAGAGGCCCUUGUACAUCUACGGGGGGCUGGCAUGCAACUCGCUGAUGGCUGACUCCUGGUCGGACAGAACUCCUCUCCAUGAAGCCGCCUACCAGGGCAGACUGCUGCACCUGAGGAGACUCAUCGCUCAGGGCUUCCAUGUAGACACACUCAGCCUGGACAGAAUCUCUCCUCUACAUGAAGCUUGCCUCGGAGGCCAUUACGCUUGUGCCAAGCUCCUGCUGGAUGCCGGUGCAAAUGUGGAGGCAGUAUCAACAGAUGGCGCCACACCUCUCUUCAACUCCUGCAGCAGCGGGAGUGCUGCCUGUGUCAGGCUCCUGCUGCAGCACGGCGCCUCCCUCCACACCUCCUACCAGCUGGCGUCACCCAUCCACGAGGCCGCUAAGAAAGGCCACAGAGAGUGUCUGGAGCUGCUGCUGUCGUACGGAGCACACAUCGACAUGGAGCUGCCAGUGGUGGGGACGCCGCUGUACUCCGCCUGCAUGGCCCGGGCUGCAGCCUCUGUAGGGCUGCUGCUACACUCAGGAGCAGAUGUUCAGAGAGGGUGUGGGCAGGACAGUCCUCUACAUGCUGCUGUUCUGGGUGGAGGAGCCAACGUGGUGGAUCUGCUGCUGGACUUCGGAGCUGAUGGGUGCUGUAGGAACGCAGAGGGACAGAGUCCUCUGGAUCUGUCGCCACCAAACAGCGCUGUGAGGACUGCACUGCAGAAAAGAGGUCCCUGCUCUCUGUCUCAGCUCUGUCGCUUCUGUGUCCGUCGAAGUCUGGGAAGGAGUCGCCUCCACAGAGCCUCCAGCCUCUUCCUCCCUCACAGUAUCACGGACUUCCUCCUCUACCAAUGAGGCGCCGUGCCUCUGUGCGCAGCUGCUUUUGCAGUCCUUCACAUUUGUGCCUUGACAAGUGAAAAAAACCAUCCACAUUCAACGAAUGGGACUCCUUUGUAUCAGCCAGUUGGGUUGAUUACAAUACUUUUCUAUUUGCACAUGACUCAACUUUGAUACUUUGGCUGCACACGUUUAAAGUUGCAUACAUGUGGCAGUGAAUGCAAUGAGGUUUUGCAUUUUUAUGCUUUCCAGUGCUUUCCAGGUAACGUCUGUGGAUUUUUCACUAUUCCAACAUGGUUUCUAAAGGAAACCUCCUGAUAAACGUCUGAAGAAAAAUUGUGUAAAGCCCUCUGCGGCAAUAUGACGGCUGAUAAACGGCCUCCAGUGAUGUCACAUGAGUCACAUCAGUUCUUUAAAUCUGGAAAAGUCUGUCUCUGGUUCAGCUGCAUGAGUUUUCCUAAUUAUACAUAUUAUACAAAACACUGUGUUGUACUCGUUUAAGAUGACCAUGUUGUUCUGCAGGAUCUCACAAAAAUGUUCAUGGAAAUGUAAAUAUCUGUCUUCACAUUUUGUAAAAAGUAUUUCACAAUAAUGGCAGCAUUUCAUUUUGCAUUCCAAGUGUUUUUGGUGAUUUAUACACACAACAAACUGAACUGCCUUGUUGCUGAGUAGUGCCACCAGGACUGUCAGCGAGCACUGUUUUACUAUACAGCCUUGAUUUAUUCCUACUUCUCUCUGUCUGGUUGCUAAUUUGUGUCUUUUUUAAAUAAGCCUGUUGUAAGCCUUUAAUAUUUGUAUUGUGAUUUGUGAACUUCAAUGAAGACUCAUUUGCAGUCAAGUCCAUAUGCUGAUGUUUCAGAACAUGCAGAGGGGUUUCUUCUCAAUUUGUUAUUAUCUUCUAAGCUAAGCAAAGGACACCAUGUAGUUUUGAAGAAGAAAUCCAAACAAUAUUAAUGAGGUGAUUAUAAAAACUAUGAAAAAAAUGAUGCU